AGAUUAUGAUGAAUCACCAAUCGCAAAGCAGCCGUGCCAACCAAGAGAUGAUGAACCAGGCAAGGAGGAAGGCCGAGGUGACAGCGGAUCCUCUGGAAAAGCUGCGCCUGCUUUGCCUUGCGAGAGGAUCUGGAGGCAUUCUGGAAAUCGGCAGGGUGUUCCGGAGAAUGGAUGAUGAUGGUAGCCGUUCUUUAAAUUUAGAGGAAUUCACAGAAGGUAUUACAGAUACGGGCCUGAACUUAACCAAAGAUCAAUUGGAGAAAUUGUUCCAGGCUUUCGAUACCGAUGGCUCUGGUACAAUAAGCAUAGAUGAAUUCAUUAUUGCAAUUAGACCUGGUAUGUCCGAGGCAAGAAAAAAAUCUGUGAACGAGGCCUUUGAUAAACUGGACAAGACCAAAGAUGGAGUGAUCACUUUAGAAGACUUAAGAGGAGUAUAUAGUGUAAGGGAUCAUCCUAAGUACAGGAGUGGCGAAAUGUCAGAAGAUCAGAUCUUACGAAAGUUUAUGGCAAACUUUGAAAAAGGAUGCGUCGAUGGAACGAUCACUAGAGAAGAGUUCCUCAACUAUUACGCUGGAGUCAGUGCUUCAAUCGAUACUGAUGCUUACUUCGACUUGAUGAUACGACAAGCUUACAAAUUGUGAACUGCUAUUAUCUAAUAUUUCAUCCGAAUGUUUUAGAUUUGUGUGUUUUUUUUAUUCCGAAUAUAUACCCAAAUCUAACUCGGCAGAAUCUUUUAUCAUUAGUCGAAAGAAAUAAUGAAAUAAAUAAUUCAUUCAUCGUUUGUGUCUGACGUUUAUGCUAAAGUGUGAUUUCACUGUUCAAAUCACAGGUUUUACCUCGUUGGUAUUCGCACUUAUAUUAUAUUAUUACACGCAGAUGAAUACAUUAAAGUAACAGACAGGGUCAGGACUUGGAUCAUCUAAUAAAAUUAAUUGUUGUAAAGUCAGAUUUAUAGAAUUAUUUUAUAUAAUAAUAAUCCGAUAUAUAUAUCAUCGUCUGAUAUGUCAUUAACUCAUUAUAUUGACUGGGUUAAUGUCAUAAGAAUAAAAGACAAAGAACAACUAUUUUUUACGCAAACUAAAAAUAUUUCAAUUUAUUUAAAAAUUUAAUGUCUUAUUUCAAAUUUUAAAAUAAAAUUUCGCUGCAAAUGUGCCGCCCUAUAAUUGUUUCCCCUGCCCUCAAAUAACAGCCUUGGUAACAGGCAUUAAUGUAUUGAUCCUAAGUGAAUCCUAACAUUACUGUACUAAACUUAAAAAAUAACAAUAUCUUUAUGAGUAUACCUUAUCUAAUCGAUAUAUGUACUAUUGUUUUCUUCCUAUUUGCUAAAUAAAUGCCUAAGAUUUGAACAAUACAUAUAUAUAUAUAUAUAUAUAUAUAUAUAUAUAU